CAGAGACCAGAUCAUGAAACUUUCUAUUAUAAAAAUAUAUGCUGAUAGAGGCAAAAGUCAUAGAGUUAAAAAAAAAUUGUAGGGUAAAGGAUGACAAGAAAGAUGCUAGUUGGAGAAAUUCUCCUGAAGUCUUAAGAAAAAUUAUCUUUUCUAGUCUGUCCAAUGGUGAAGGAAGAAGGCAGUCAACAAUUAUAGACUAUGUAUUGUGUCAAGAAAGAUACACAUUAUCUCAUUAGCUCUAUGGGGUGGUUACUAUUUUCAGCACAAUGUAUAGAGAAGGAAGCUUAGGGAAGUUAUAUAACUGGCUUGUGUGCUAUAUUUGGUAAGUGGGAACCUGCAUUCUUAAGUGUGUCUUCCUAUUGCUUUGACUUAAGAUGUUGCUUUCAAUACUCACAAAACCCUGUGAGCCAGACUUCCCCAUUCUAGAGAUAUGGUUAUUGAAAAUCAACAAGUUUAAAGCUUGCCCAUGUCACACAGUAAGUGGCAAGGCUAAGAUUGGAGCUUAUACUUGACUACCUCCAAAGCCCAUGUGUUUUCCAUGAUGCUAUCCUGUCUUCUAAGACCUCGUCCUGUUUAUAGUCUGCUGGAUGUAGCUAAUGAUGAGACAUGGUACCCGGACGUGACUGAAUAACUAGCCAUAAUCAUAAAAGCACAUCAUCAAACCACAGUGUCACAUAGUAGCUUAACAAAUAUUGUUAAAAUGAGGUUCUGGCCAAUAAAAUGUCAGGAAAAUUAGUAUAAAUUGGACAACAGUGUGAGAAUGGUUUCAGAACUUGAUUUGGUAAUAUUCACCAUAUCAGAUUCUCAUUCAGUACUCAGCAAAAUGAAGGGCUCAGUCUUCAUCUUAUUUCUAUUCUCUGUCCUACUUGCCAUCUUUGAAGUGAGGAGCAAGGAACCCGUGAAGCUCUGCGGGAGAGACCUCAUAAGAGCAGUCGUCUCCAUCUGUGGUGGGUCCAGAUGGAGAAGGCAGCUGGAGGAUAGCACUCAAGUUCAGCAAGCUGAGAGAGGAAACUACUUCGAACUCCCAAAUCAACAUGAGGCUUCUGAGGAAAUCACAGCUCAGAACUUUCCAAAGCUGGGUUCCUUGGUGGAGGAACGUCUUCAGGGUGGACAACUGCCCAUGGAAGGGCUGUGGACAUCAAGAAAGCAUUUGGGGAUGUCAAGACGAAGCCUCCAUUCUGUCUGCUGCCUUGAUGGCUGUACCGUGGCUGAUUUGAGCUCUUUUUGUUAAAACAACAGCAUAUAUCCAAUGGGUGACAGAGGUUAGCACAUGUUUAAUCACAGUGUCUUACUGUCUUGUACAACACUUACAUUGUGUCAUUGAAAUGGUGGCUUUUGAGUAGGCAUUCCUUCUUCCCAAAAAGUUGCAAAUGAGUGGUUAAAACAAUGAAAGUCUAUUUUCUCCCUUUGCCAAGGUGGAUGCGCUGUUCUUUUCAACUUCUAAAUGACGCUUUGAAUGUCAAAUUCUGUGAUAUAUCAUACCAUUAACCAAGAUUGGUGCAAACCUGCAAU